CAUCUAUCUAGCUCGACUUUUAGCUUUAUUUUCUCGUUAACAAUGACCUAAACCUCAUCUCUAACCAGAGCUACUGUACAUUCUAGUCAAACGAACUUGCAGGGUAUUUUGUGAGGGAAGAUCCUCUAGGCCAGAAAAAUUUACGUAGUAGACACAUACUUCAGCCGAAACAAAAUGCAGCAAUCUGUUCUCAAGGCAAGUGGCUCAGGAUUGACCCAGCUACGCGAGGAAGAAGAAUGGGCAGGCAAAGGGGUGCUUUUCAUGAAUGAUAAUAAAGCGUCUGAGCUACAUCCAUCUCCAAAUUGCCCUUCACCGAUUGCGUUGUAUUUGCAAGGGAAUUAUGAGCUGACAGCUAUUCCUCCCUUCUUCUUCCGGCGCAUGGCCCUUCUCCAAGUGUUAGAUUUGUCCCACACUAGCAUCAAAUGCUUGCCAAAGUCUCUUCCCAGGUUGGUUGCACUAAAGAAACUCUUGUUACGGCGUUGUCAACUCUUCAUGGAGCUAUCACCGCAGGUUGCGAAACUCAGUAAUCUGCAGGAGCUUGAUCUUGAUGAAACUCAGAUCAUGGAUUUGCCUAGGGAGAUUGGAAAGCUACUGAAUUUAAGACAUUUGAGAGUAUCAUUUUAUCUGAUCUGUGGCAAAAAGAAGUCGAAAUCAAACAUUCUGAUUCACCCUGAGACAAUAUCAGAUCUCUCCCUACUUACUGAAUUAAGCAUUGAUGUAAAUCCGACGGACAAGAGGUGGGAUGAUUCUGUGGAAGCAGUUGUGAAGGAAGUAUGCAACUCAGAAACAUUGACGACUCUUAGCUUGUACCUGCCGAAAUUCCAACUUUUAGAUAAUAUAUCAUCGUUAUAUCCUUCAUUGUCAGGCUUUAGAUUUACUGUUGGUCAUCAUAAAAGGAGAAUCAUAUCUCGUGUACCUCAUGAAGUUGAAGCAGAAUUCAGAAAUUGGGACAAAUGCUUGAAGUUUGUGAAUGGUGAAAACAUCCCAAUUGAAAUAAAAGAUGUACUAAAAUAUUCUACUUCAUUUUUCUUGGACCACCAUGCAACCGCUAUGAAUCUAUCUGAAUUUGGGAUUGAGAAUAUGAAGAGGCUAAAAUUUUGCUUGUUGGUAGACUGUAAUAAGAUGGAAACCAUUAUUGAUGGCGAGAGGCGUUAUGAAGGAAAUGAAGAUGAUCUAUCGGAAUCUGACCCAAGUCCUGUGGAAAAUGUGCUUGAGUCCCUGGAAUAUUUGAUCAUUUAUUACAUGGAGAAUUUAGAGAGUAUUUGGAGAGGACCAAAUCGCUAUGGAUGUAUGUCUAAGCUAAAAUUCCUAGCACUGCAUACAUGCCCCCAGCUGAUUAAUAUUUUCUCUCAUACUUUGCUUGGAAAUUUUGUCAACUUGGAAGAGUUUAUUCUUGAGGACUGCCCUCUAGUCACCAGCCUGGUAAGCCAUGCAUCUGUCAAGCCAAUGGUGUCAGAUAAAUUUCUCCCUAGUUUGAAAAGAUUGCUGCUUCUUUACCUUCCUGAACUGGUCAGCAUUUCUAAUGGACUACUAAUUGCACCAAAAUUAGAAACCAUAGGCUUUUAUAAUUGCCCAAAGCUUAAAAGCAUAUCAAAAAUGGAAUUGUCAAGCAAAACUUUGAAGAUAAUCAAAGGAGAACUUCAGUGGUGGGAAGAUAUGAAGUGGAAUGAAGCAGAGUGGGGAAACCGGCCAGAUUAUCUAAUGCGUAUCUUUUCCCCUAUCGACAAAGAGAAAGAUGUGAUGAACCAAUUGGCAGAAGAUAGAGAUCUAUUUGAAGUCACAAUGCAAAAUGAAGGCCAACAACUAGAUGAUGAAAAGUUGAUUGAAGUUUCAACACAAGAUCAUGGAGGCCGUUGGUCAGGCAAUUGCCGUUCAUUACUGUCAGAUUACACGGAGGAGAGAAUAACUGGAGCAGAUGUGACAAAGUCAAUUUCUUCGGUAUGCAUACUUCCAUCCACUCCAUGGACCGAGGCACCAAAACAAGCAUGGAGCUUUUCACCAGAUGAGAACAAGAGGCUAGAAGAUGAUUAUUUUGAUCUGGCUUCAGAAACCAGUGAAGCAGACGAUAUUGUAGAUGAACCUAAGGCCAAAAGAUGGAACUGUACUGAGAAUGAAAACAAGGGUGUCAUACGUUUUGCAAGCAAAGUUGCGACAGGGGAUAGAACUGAAUUUCAAGUAAAAAGAAACGUUGAUAUACUUGAUGAUGGUUAUAAAUGGAGGAACCAUAGAACGAAGUUAAAGGGAUAUCCCUACUCAAGUUGAUUACUUUGUUAAGUUGUAAUACUUGCAUGGUUGCUGCAGCACGUGGAUGCUUUCAAAUUAACUUAGUUUUCUUCAUUUUAUCAGUUUGCUUCGUUGUAUUGGUUUUUAGAGUUAAUACCAUGGCUGUGCUGUCCCAUUACGUGUAAGGUUGUAUGUAAACUUGUUUUACACUUGUUAGGCAUGGUUACAAGUGUUCUUCAUGUACAACAGGGUAUAUAACCUCUGUGUUAUCUUAAUGAAGCAAUAUAUGACUCUAAAUUCAAUCUC